GCGGUCUCCUGGCACGUCGCUGUCGCUGUGGCGGUCUUGCGACCCGCCAGGGCUGCAGCAUGUACCACAGCAGCAGCCAGAAGCGGCACUGGACCUUUGCCAGCGAGGAGCAGCUGGCGCGCCUGCGGGCCGACGCCAACCGCAAAUUCAAGUGCAAAGCGGUGGCUAACGGGAAGGUUCUUCCAAAUGAUCCAGUGUUUCUUGAGCCUUAUGAAGAAAUUACACUUUGCAAAUACUAUGAGAAAAGAUUACUGGAAUUCUGUUCAGUGUUUAAGCCAGCAAUGCCACGGUCUGUUGUGGGUACAGCUUGUAUGUAUUUCAAGCGUUUUUAUCUUAAUAAUUCAGUAAUGGAAUAUCACCCCCGGAUAAUAAUGCUCACUUGUGCAUUUCUGGCCUGCAAAGUAGAUGAAUUCAAUGUGUCUAGUCCUCAGUUUGUUGGAAAUCUUCGAGAGAGUCCCCUUGGACAGGAGAAAGCAUUAGAGCAGAUUUUGGAAUAUGAACUACUCCUUAUACAGCAGCUUAAUUUUCACCUUAUUGUCCACAAUCCUUAUCGACCUUUUGAAGGCUUCCUCAUUGAUAUAAAGACGCGGUACCCCAUGUUGGAGAAUCCAGAGACUUUGAGGAAAACAGCUGAUGAUUUUCUUAGUAGAAUUGCAUUGACAGAUGCUUAUCUUUUAUACACACCUUCACAAAUUGCCCUGACUGCCAUUCUAUCGAGUGCCUCUAGGGCUGGAAUUACUAUGGAAAGCUAUUUAUCAGACAGUCUAAUGCUGAGAGAAAAUAGAACUUGCCUGUCACAGUUACUGGAUAUAAUGAAAAGCAUGAGAAACCUCGUAAAAAAGUAUGAGCCACCGAGGUCUGAAGAAGUUGCUGUUCUGAAACAGAAGUUGGAGCGAUGUCAUUCUGCUGACCUUGCGCUUAAUGUGGCUACGAAGAAGAGGAAAGGCUAUGAAGAUGAUGACUAUGUAUCAAAGAAACCCAAGCAAGAAGAGGAGGAAUGGACUGAUGAUGACCUGGUAGAUUCUCUCUAAUCACUUGAAAUGACUACGGGGAGUGCUAACUAAGCAACAGAAGUAGGAGGCAUGUCUGGCAUUUAACUUUCUUUAAAGUAGUACAGUGUGAAAACAUCAAAAUAUAUUAAACUUUUCUAAUUGUA